ACAUCCUCUACGAGAGAGAGAGAGGAGUUGUGUUUGCGCUGGUGGCAGCUGUAGCUGCCUGCUGAGGCUGCUCGAUGGGGGUUUCUUGUUAUUCCCGACGGCGGCUUUUAGCGGGUCUUGUAGGGGCUGCCUCUCUCGUGUUGCUGAUAACUCUGUCCUACAGAGUAGGGUCUGAGGUGCAGGUGUUAAACCAGUUGACUUUCUACGCUCUCUGGGGGAGAGAGAAACCGCUGUACAAGCUUGAUGCAAAUUGGCCUUUCCUUCCUUUUGCUGGUCAGACAUUUUGUGUUGCUGUAGAUGACGUUAAUGGAUUAGUUUACAUAGGACAGAGAGGUGGUGAUGAUGUGCCAAAGGUAGUUGUGUAUUCUGAAGAUGGCUUUUUCUUACAAGCAUGGAAUGCUACCAUUGAAAUGCCUCAUGGUAUGUUUGUGUUGAACACACCCAACGCAACUUCAGUGUGGAUCACAGAUGUUGGAACUGGCAAGUAUGGGCACACCGUGAAACAGUUCAGUCCUUCAGGCCAACUUCUUCAAGUCAUAGGUACUGCAGGUAAAGCCGGUUCUGGUACAAACCCCUUACAGUUUGACCAGCCAGCAGAGAUUUUUGUGGAAGAAAAUGGAGACAUCUACAUUGUGGAUGGUGAUGGAGGAAUGAACAACCGCUUGCUCAAACUGACACCAGACUUACAGAUUUUAUGGCUGCAUGGAGAAAAUGGUUCCAGCACCGCACAGUUCAAGAUUCCGCACAGCGUAACGGUAGACUCUGUUGAACGGGUAUGGGUUGCCGAUAGAGCCAAUUGGAGAAUCCAGGCUUUUCAGAAAACCACAGGGGAAUGGUUGGGCUCUUGGAAUCGCUGCUUCACGCAAGAUGGCCCUUCUUCUGUCAGAUUAACUCCUGAUGAGAAGUAUAUGAUUGUAGCACACAUCAAUAUUGACAGGGUGUCGAUUUUGGCUGCCCCACCAGUAGGCUCAAUUGAGGACUGUGUUGUGGUGGAUACAAUUCAACUUGCAAAAGAAGUCAAGCCCCAUCUUCUGGAUGUCAGCAAGAAAACUGGAGCAAUUUAUGUGGCAGAAAUUGGAGCCCAGCAAGUUCAGAAGUAUGUGCCUUUAUACUGACAGCAUCUUUCACACUGCACAAGGAACGUCUGGAAUCUUUCCUCUCUUGGAAGGCUGUCGGCUAUGUAACGCAAGAACCCUUGGAUUAACUUUGUUAACUUGAAUUGCACAUUGGUUUCAUUUUCUCGGGGAUUUUAAGUGGUGAUAAGUUUCAUGUUAGCUGCGUUUUAUAGACUUUUUUUUUAAGUUGGUAUAUCGGCCGUUUCUGAUUUUCCAUCAUAUAAAGGUAAACUUUACAGAGGACUCCUUCAAGAAAUACUGGUUUAGUGCAGCUUCCAUGAGCCAUCCUAUGUUUGGAAAAAGCAACUUCUUCAUGUGAUCACAAUUUUCCAUUUUAUUUGUAGCUGCUUAAUCUCAGCCAAGGAGCCUUACUGCUUUUCUCCGAAUGGGAGAAAAGAGGCUGGUCUGGUCUGUAUGUGAAGCCCUGUUUCAGGGAACCUAGACUAGCUGUCCAUCACUUUGGCAGUCCCCGUGCUCCAGAAUUCUCUUCCAAGACAAGUUCAGCCCUCUCCAUAGUGUCAUUCUGAAAAUACUUCUUUCCCAGAAAUUCUUUACUCGCCGAUUUGCUGAAUUAUAUUGUUUCUGUGUUUUUGUACACCACUAUGAAAUUUGUCUGCAUAGUAGUAUCUUUUUUAAAUUCUCUUGGGACUAUUCAGCCUCCUGUAGCUUUGGAGAAUGACCAAGAUAUUCAAGUUUGUUGACUUCCAAACCAAAUUCUCACAUUGCAACUGUUGUUAUUUGGGGUAUUGUUUACAUUCCCACUUCUCUUCGUAUGCUUUGUGUGACAUUUAUGUCUUUUGUGGGGUUUUAAAUGUUUUUUCUUCCCCUUUCCUGGAAUUCUUUUUAGUUAUUUGUAAAGCACCAGUACAGACUGGUGCUGUAAAAAUUUGAAGAGAAGCCCCAAACAGUUUGAGGGCUGCUUUAGAAUUUCUUUUCAAAGCCUUAGGUGUCAAUCUAAAAGACUGCACCUUGAAAUGUUGUGUUGAUGCAACAAACACAUCUAUCAAUUGAGCCCAGAGACACAAGAUUGACUGCAGCAUCUUGUGGACACACUCCACUUGUUUCUUUUGUUCUUUUCUUUAUAUGUCUUGGGGGGCAAUUCAGACAUCAUAUACCAAAGUCAGUUUGGUAGCGAGUCCGUACAAGGAGUUACAACUUUACCUCUGAAUGGGUUGCCCCGAGUCAGUGGACCAAGCUCGGCCAUGUUGGGUGAUGUGUGCCCAACUUUGAGAUCUUACAUUUAAAGUAGCUAAUUAUUAAAAUGUAUAUUGGAAGUCUAAAAUAAUUGCUCCCUCCCUUAUUAUCUGAGACAAAAGGUACAGGAGGAAAAGGUGGGUUAGGGAGCCCUAAGAAUUGUGUGCUCAAAAGUACUUUGAGUUAAGUAAGUUACAUAUGUUGAUCCUCUUCAAUGUGGAGUUUGAAUUCCAUUGUCAAUAGAAAAUAUUUUGAGCCCCAUCAAAGGAGAUGAAGUUUGACGAUAUGUACCCAUCCGCUGAUAUAUCUUCCUAUUAUCAGCUGCAAGAUGGUAAGGCUGUAGUGCUCUGCAACUGGGGCUGGCACAUUCUUCAUAUUUCUAGGGAAUAUGUGCUCCCUUGUUAUCUAUGGCAACACCGCCAUGGCUGGAAAGAGGUCACAUUUUUUAUGUUGAUUGUUUAAUAGACUUUGAAGGACAAUAUACGCUUCUUUAUAUUGAAGAUCCUGCUGGUUUAAUUUGGAGGAAUGUAAUUGUCUUGGAAACUUUUUCACAGUAAAGGUUGGUGUUUUGGAUCUAGGAUCCAAAUAUGAAUGUUAAGUUUUUUCAUUGUAUGUGAAAUUAGAAUGGUUUUUUAAAUGGAAAAUGGCAUAACUUUGGAGGAUAGUACCUGGAGGAGAAAUCUCAGUCUCCUCUCAUAAGAUAUCUUGCCAUUACUGCCAGUGUUUUUUAUUUUACUCUUAUAAACUGCUCUUCUCUUCCAAGGAGAUCAUAGUGACAUACAUGUGGGUUAUCCCAUUUUAUCGUCAUAACCAUCCUAUAGAUGCUCACAUUUUAUGUUCAUUAGGAAAAGCCAUAGCUCUUAAAGGGGGGGGGAAACUGAUCUGCAGUACAGCUGAGGUAUUGUAGGGAAGACAUUUAUUUACAGAUUCUAAAAUACAAACAAAAUCAUACAUAUUAUAUUACAAAGAUGAAUAUUAAACAAUACAGUACAAUACAGCAAUAAUUACCUAACUAUUAGUAACAAAAGUUGGAAGAUGCUUGUCAUUGCUUUUGCAUAAGUAGUAAUAUUCUACUGUGCCACACACACAAUUUUCAUUGGACAGAACUGUCCUCUUACGGCCCUUCAUAGAAUAUUCCUAUCUAAAAGGCUACGUAUGCUGAGUAAAAUAUUGCAUUUUUGUAAGAAUCUUGAAAAACACUGAGGUUAAUAAAAUUUAUAUAGGUGUGAAAAGUCUAUUCAUAAAACUUGAGAACACAGGUACAUAGAUUAUAUAAAAUACUGAAAAAAUGGCCCGUUAGUCCAUUAGGGUUUUUAGUUUAAAAUGUGGUAUAAUACUGAAAUUCAAAUCGUCUAGUGCCAAAAAAAUAAAGAUGAUAAGUGCAUGGAGUAUUCAUUGCAACUGCUCUGCUCCACGGUACUUUUGUGUGAGCGCUUUAUUGCCCAAUGGAGUAAGCAUGAGUGCAGUGGUCUCAAAGCAAACAAAGUCCAAGUAAACAGGAAUAACUUCUCUCUCUUGCCAUGACUUAAGUAUUGCGUGAUGACACUACGCACACUCUGUCCAUGCCAAGGGGAACAUGCAUCUUGCAGCAAUCAAUGCACACCUCUCCCCUUUACAUGAGAGCUAAAAGAGUGGCCAUGGAGGAAGCAACUCCAUUGCAUUUCUUCUGUUGCUACUUCAGGUGAACAUCAGAAGCCACCUUGUGAAGGAAGGAAAUGAGAUAUACCUUGAUCUUUGUUACUUCUCUCUAGAGUGAAUGUAAAGAUCAAAAACAAAGAGCUUGUAUUGGUGGGGAGGGCGGAGAGUGUGUGUAAAGCAUGUCUAAAACUGGAAGUGCAUACAAAUGGGAGUUGCAGGUGUGUGUGUAUUGUGCUUAAAGGAUAGGAAAAUAUGUUGCAUUAGUGCACAUGACUAAACAUGGAGAAAGACGGGGUCUGAAUCAGGAAUUGUUUCUGGACAUGUAUUUCCAUCUGUGAAUCAAGAGAAACCUCUGCAUAUGUGUGACAUUGAGUGCGUGAAGAAAGUAUAGGCCAUAUGCACACAUGAUAAAUGUCUGUAAUGAUAGUUUAACACCCCUUUUGGCAUGCAAAUCUGUUUCCCGAGGGGGCUUUUGGAACUGGAGAGAUGGGAUAGACCUAUGCCGAACUCUUUCCCAACCCCCGUAUUUCUCCAAAUCGCCCACAGAAAACUAGCUUUUCAUGCAUAAAAAAAGAGGAUUGGGCUCUCAUUACACACAAAUGCUAGUCUGUCAAAUGUAGUGUAUGAUAUGUACUUUGGCUAUAUCUGACUGUUAGGUGAAAACAAAGGAGUGAGUUGAUGUGUGCAUUUGUGAAAAGAGAAAAGGCUGAUAUGGAAUUCUGUGCUUUUUAGAUAAAGGGUGAAAAGACUUGGCCACUUGCCUGAGAAUUAACGCCUUCCACAGUGAGCGACUAUUCCAGACUGCUUCAUGGCACGUGGACAGGCAAACUGGUCCAAUUAGUUGGAGCCUGAUACAUUUUAAGUAAUCUGGAAGGUUAGGUUGUGUCUAUCUGAAGGGAAAGUGUCUGUGCAAAGUUAGGCUGAUGUGCUUCCAGGAGUCUCAUGUCAAAGAGAACUCCAAAUGGGACCAACACAUCAGACUGGGGGAGCCUCUAAAGGCGAAUACUUUUAAGGCCUGAAAACAGAAGCCCUCCAUGCACCCGGCAGGUGACGUGGCCAAUCACGCCAGGAAAACCAGCUGUUAAGAAAUGCCCUCUUUAUGUCCAGUUUCCUGUCAUGUGAAAGAAUCUUCUUCUUUUUAAGGCUACAUCCUUGUCUUCCCACAUAUUUUUAAUCCUUUCAAUUGAUGGUCUGCUUUAAAAGCCCAUCAUGUUCUCCCCCCCCCCAAGAAUGCUUCCUGUAUUUCUACUGCACCACAAUAGGCUAGGAAUAAAACCAUAAGCCCUGUGAGAUUCUUGAUUUAUGCCCCUAAAUUACAGAGAACCCCACCAUUCACAGCAUCCCACAAAUUCCUCGUUUCUAUGAUAUUGAUUUAACUACAGGGAAGAGCUAAUGCAUCUUUCCAAGGAAGGUUUGCAUGCUCAUUUAUUUUCCUUUCUCCCCCCUGCCCCUCCCCCAAAUUGGUUCUCUUUGUUCUGGGUCUUUCUGGCCUCAAUAAGGGUACUGUUUCUGUUUCUUGCCGGAGAAACAGGCCAACCAAGUGCAGAUCAGCAUUGCAGCGGCUGCUCCUCCUCCAGUACAAUAGUAAGCCCAGCCAAUUUCACAGGUGCCUACAGGUAAACGAAAGAACACACAAAAAGGGCAAUAUUAUUAAGAUGGUUUUCACCAUUGUGUUUCCAUGAUUUUUUUAAAAAAUGCAAAUUGUAAUAAUUUAAGGAGACACCAUGAAGAACAAAGCGGUGCAUUUUUGUUAUGUGGCAGAAGGGGUCUUUGUUUAGUCCCCACUCACAAGGCAUGUGGUCAUUUGGGGGGCAUGGGACAUGAAUAUUAAAAUUGGAUAUUUAUGUGCCUUCAAGGCGAUUAUGACUUAUGGCGACCCUAUGAAUCAGUGACCUUCAAUAGCAUCUGUUUUAAACUACCCUGUUCAGUUCUUGUAAGUUCAGGUCUGUGGCCUCCUUUAUGGAAUCAGUCCAUCUCUUGUUUGGCCUUCCUCUUUUUCUACUCCCUUCUGUUUUUCCCAGCAUUAUCAUCUUUUCUAAUGAAUCAUGUCUUAUUAUGUGUCCAAAGUAUGAUAACCUCAGUUUCAUCAUUUUAGCUUCUAAUGAUAGUUCUGGUUUAAUUUGUUCUAACACACAGUUUGUCUUUUUUGCGGUCCAUGGUAUCUGCAAAGCUCUCCUCCAACACCACAUUUCAAACGAGUUGAUUUUUCUCUUACCCGCUUUUUUCACUGUCCAACUUUCACAUCCAAUAGUGAUCAGGAAUACCAUGGUCUGAAUGAUGCUGACUUUAGUGUGCAGUGACACAUCUUUGCAUUUGAGGACCUUUUCUAGUUCUCUCAUAGCUGCCCUCACCAGUCCUAGCCUCCUAUUUUCUUGACUAUUGUCUCUAUUUUGGUUAAUGACUGUGCCGAGGUAUUGAUAAUCCUUGACAAGUUCAAGGUCCUCAUUGUCAACUUUAAAGUUGCAUAAAUCUUCUGUUGUCAUUACAUACAUUUAAAGCGGAUUGUUUUCCCCAUCCUGGGAGCUGAACUUUACCCCUCACAGAGCUACAAUUCCCAGCACUCUUAACAAACUACAGUUCCCAGGAUUCUUUGGGGGAAGUCAUGCGCUUUAAAUGUAUAGUACAAUUGCCAUCUAAGUUGCCAUUAAUUGUUUUGUUAGGAGGCAAGCACUUCUGCCCCAAUAGUUUGUUUAGGGUCUUUAAGAGAUCCAAGUUGCUCCCUGGGUGACCUCCUCUCUCCCUGCAAUCCGGACACAUUGCAUCCCGGCAUCUCUGUUCUACACAGUAGCAUGUUGGGCUGCUUAUUGAUCUGGACAGACUUCAGCUUUCUCUACUGCUUCCUAGCACUUGAGACAACAACAUAAGGGACAGCCUGAAUGAUUCCAAUUCCUGCAGUCGAGAAUCUGAGUGAUGUGAGUUGUCCACUCUUAAGUAAUGGAAGCAUUAGGUCCUUGGAUACAAUGCAUCAGGUAGCAAAUCCCUCUCCUCCUCUUUCUUAAGCACUUUGCACAUACCCUAUGACGACACCUGGAAACCACGCUGUAGAGUGCAAUCCCAAAUCAACUCUCUGCUUUGGAAGUUUUUGACGGGAAUCACCCACCAGCAACUUCAUAAGGCUUCUGAAAGCCUGGAAGCUACAGAUGGGAGGAGAGAGAGAGGGUGUGCACCACACCACAAAUAAAAAAAACCCUGGCAGGUUCUCAAAGCAGACAGGCUUUGUACUCUGUAACAUAGGAGGCUGGUGGCAAUUCACCUAAAUUUGGUAGCGACAGAAAUUUGGUGCUCACAGCAGAGAGGCGUAAAUGGAUCAUGGAGCCUACUUUAGCAGGCUUGGUCAAAAUUGUUACUUUCAUUAAACCUGCUGUGUGGAUGAUACCUCCAGUGGCAGUCACUUACCUAGUUCAAACUGGUUGGAAAGGUUACCACAGGUCUGCCUGACUUCUUCACUGUCCCAGCCCAGAGGAUAGAGAGCACAACCAGAACCAAUUAAUAACCCUGCAGACAAAACACAGAGGAGAAAGCAACAACAGGUCUCCAGACAUUUGCAAAGCACAGGAAUUCUGUAUUUACAAGAUGGAGUUUUCAUAAACAGCAAGCCACCUUGAUCAUUAUCACCAGCUGUUAGUCUUUGAAUUGGCUUAAGUGGAGCUUCUGUCACAAAUUAUGAUUAUUGCAUUUAUAACCCAGCCUUCCACCUAUAGGUUCCCAGGGUGGUAAAUGCUGUACUGAGUAUCAUGAAUGGAAAACAAAAGCAGUAUUCAUGUUUGCAUAUAUUUGAGCUUUAAUGUAACUGUCAUAACUCUGUAUUUUUUGUAUUUCUUUCUGUUCUUUUUACACCCACAUCUAUACAUCUGCCAACUUGAGAUAAUGCUUCAUGCAUCUAAUGAAGCAGACUCUAGUCCAUAAAAGCUGAUGCCUUAAUAAGUUUUAAAAGUUAAGUCUUUAAGGUGCUUAAAAGCUCUCUUGUUUUGGAUGCAGCACACUAAGAUGGCUCCCUCUGUGGAAAUGAAUGGGAAUGAUUUCUCUAAUUAAAAUGAGGACGAUUCCCAAGUUACUGUUUUUUAUUUUGGACUUUACCAAUUUCAAUUGUAAAUUUAAAAUUACAACUGGAAAAAUGGGAAAGAAGUCUCUUUUACUGUUGAGCAUCUAUGAGAACAGUUCCAACAUAAGCAGAAAGAAAGGUGGUUUGAGGUUUCUUACUCUGAAAGAUGAGUAUUAUGCAAUCCAAUUACAAGCUUUAAUAGAACGGGUCAGAUAGGAAGCAGCUAAUGCUGUCCUUCUAAAAAAACUAUAAUGAAUUAAAAUUCCUUUGAAGUAUCUACCAUGGAAAAACUAAAUUAAAAUGAAAUAACAGUUAUAAAAAUAUAGUUGUUAAAACUGUGUGCAUUGGUUUGGAAUAGGUUCAGAAAGUAUGGAAGUCCUGAAACAUUCCCUUAGGAAUUUUUAAUGGGUUUUUUUGAUGAAUGGGAUCAAUGUCACUUAAUGUGAUUAAAGCAAUUAACUGCAGAGAGAUUUAUACAUAGGAAAAACUAUUGAGAAAAAGAAAUUACUAGUAUCUUAUCAAUAUUUUCAGUAAUAGCAGUGGCUCAGCCAGGAAUCUGCCUCCCCUCAGCCCAGCAUGUAUAUGACUUGGAUUGCACCCCUAGUGGAUUAAAAAGCCACCCUAAUGCUAACUCAAUUUGUUAGUGAUGUAACUGUAUCAGAAGAGAUCUUCAUAUAUUGUUCAUAUAUUUCUACAUUCUAGAAACAGAUGACUCGUAAGAUUAAGUAUAUAACUGACAUCUCCAUUCCACUGAAGCUUAAAAGGCUAAGGCAGCAAUCCAAUAUAUGCUUACCUGGGAGUAAGUCCCAUUGAACCCCACAGAGCUUACUUCUGAGUAGACAUGUAUUGGAUUGCACUGUAAGGAUACAAUCCUAUACUCGCUUGAUUGAGAGUAAAUUCCACUGAAUUCAGUGGAACAUACUUAUGAAUAGACAUGUACAGGAUUGCACUGUUAAGCUACAAUCCUAUGCAUGCUUUCCUGGAAGUAAGCCCCAUUGCAAAAGUGAGGCUUGAUCCUCAGCAAACAUGCAUCAGAUUGCAGUGUAAUUCUUGGAUAACUACCUGCUCUUGCAAUGAGACAAGAAAGCAAACUAAUUUUCGGUUUGUUGAUUAUAGCACAAUACUUAAUUGUACGAUGCUGGAAAAGGAAAUAUAUGCCAUUAAUUCAAAUAUGAGGAAAUAAGGGCUGGGUUAGCUGUCUUAAAUUUACCUACUUCAUUAGCAAUAGAGAUAAUAGGGUUUAAGGAUAUUAAAAGAAAUCCUCAAUAAAUUACUUCAAUGCUGGAACAGGCAGAGGGGAACUAUUAGAUAUAGCUGGAUUGAAAGUAUGCAUUAAUGAGCUUGAUGUAAAUAUAUUAGACAUUAUUUGCUGAAGUUAAUCUGGAUAUUGUAUUAUGGAUAUAUUUUUUAAGACAUAUAUUGUAUAAUUUAUUUCUCUUGUGGUCUUUCAGAAGCAUGCAUUUAUCAUUUAUCAAUUUCUGAGAAAGAGCAGCGCAGGAAAGGAAUUAAAACCAUUUCCAGUUUUCCAUAUCUUGCAUUCCAUCACAAUGAGGUCAUUUUACUUAAAUUUUACCCUUGUUUUACAACUCAGGAGCAUACUUUGCCCAUGCUGGAUCAAGUAGCAACUGGCCUAGUGAAAGGGGUUAAGUAAUCUAAAUGGUAACACUUAGUUAGGGAUAGAAAGUUCUGUGGAUUUUGGUUCUUUGUUUUUUCCCAAUCUUAAAUUCAGUUCUCCAAAUUUCUGUAGAAAUGUGAAUUUUUUUAAAAAAUAUUAAAAUUCUCCACCAUU